CCCACAUUCCCUGUGCCCGGCGCUGGGAGCCGGAGGGGUUGACGUGCGCGCGCGGCUCCUCCCUCCCCUCUCGCAGAGCGGCAGCAAAGUAACUCUGGAGUUACGGGGAGCAGCCGCUGCCGAGCGUGGAAGCGCCGGGCUGGUGCUGCCCUCGGGGUGGUUCGGGGGCGGGCCCGAGGGCCGCGGAGGAGGAGGCGGUGGCUGCAGCUGGGUGAGGGGUUCCCGGCGAGCCCUGCCCGCGGAGCGUGCCGCUCGGGGCCAGCCCGCCUCUCUUCCCCAAACUUCUCCAAACUCGCCAUGGAGCCGAGAGCCGGAGCCGCCGCUUGGCUGCCGCUGCUCGUCCUGCUGGCCGGCCCGUCGCCGGCCCAGCUCGGAACAGCCCGAGCCCAGUUCGCGGCAGGGGGAUGCACUUUUGAUGAUGGCCUGGGGCCCUGUGAUUACCAUCAAGACCUAUAUGAUGACUUUGAUUGGGUACAUGUCAGCGCUCAAGAACCUCACUAUUUGCCACCUGAGAUGCCUCAAGGAUCAUGCAUGAUAGUGGAUUCCUCAGACCAUGAUCCUGGAGAAAAGGCUCGACUUCAACUUCCUACGAUGAAGGAAAAUGACACUCACUGCAUUGAUUUCAGUUACCUUUUAUAUAGCAAGAGUGGAGCGAACCCUGGAACCUUGAACAUCUUAGUUAGGGUGAACAAGGGACCUCUUGCUAAUCCCAUUUGGAAUGUGACAGGCUCUACUGGCAAGGACUGGCUUCGAGCUGAGCUGGCUGUCAGCACCUUCUGGCCAAAUGAAUAUCAGGUAAUAUUUGAAGCUGAAGUCUCAGAUGGGAGAAAUGGCUACAUUGCCAUUGAUGACAUCCAGGUUCUGAGUUACCCUUGUGAUAAAUCUCCACAUUUCUUGAGGCUGGGGGAUGUAGAGGUCAAUGCAGGACAGAAUGCUACAUUUCAAUGCAUUGCUACAGGGAGGGAUGCAGUGAAUAACAAGUUAUGGCUGCAGAGACGGAAUGGAGAAGAUAUUCCAGUCGCCCAAACUAAAAAUAUCAAUCACAGAAGAUUUGCUGCUACCUUCAAGUUGCGAGAGGUGACAAAAACUGAUCAGGAUUUAUAUCGCUGUGUAACUCAGUCAGAGAGAGGCUCUGGAGUGUCCAAUUUUGCUCAACUUAUUGUGAGAGAACCACCUCGACCAAUAGCACCCCCCCAGUUACUUGGUGUUGGGCCUACAUAUUUGCUGAUUCAGCUGAAUGCUAAUUCCAUAAUUGGUGAUGGGCCUAUAAUUCUGAAAGAAGUGGAGUACCGGAUGACAUCUGGGACCUGGACAGAAACCCAUGCUGUAAAUGCACCAACUUAUAAGCUAUGGCACUUAGACCCAGACACUGAGUAUGAGAUUCGUGUCCUCCUUACCAGGCCAGGAGAAGGAGGAACAGGCCAGCCAGGACCACCGCUUAUCACCAGAACCAAAUGUGCAGAGCCUAUGAGAACACCAAAAACGCUGAAGAUUGCUGAGAUCCAGGCCAGACACAUUGCAGUGGAUUGGGAGUCUCUGGGUUACAAUAUUACUCGAUGUCACACUUUCAAUGUAACUAUUUGCUACCACUACUUCCGUGGUCACAAUGAGAACAAAGCGGACUGCUUGGAUAUGGACCCCAAAGCACCCCAGCAUGUGGUGGAUCACCUGCCUCCUUACACAAAUGUCAGCCUCAAAAUGAUCCUAACUAAUCCUGAAGGGAGAAAGGAGAGUGAGGAGACCAUUAUUCAAACAGAUGAAGAUGUGCCUGGCCCUGUACCUGCAAAAUCACUAAAAGGGACCCCAUUUGAAGACAAGAUCUUCCUGAACUGGAAAGAACCUUUGGAUCCAAAUGGCAUCAUUACGCAGUAUGAGGUCAGCUAUAGCAGUAUAAGGUCAUUUGAUCCUGCUGUCCUAGUGGCGGGACCCCCACAGACUGUAUCAAAGGUCUGGAAUAGUACACACCAUGUGUUUUCACAUCUGCACCCUGGUACUACCUACAAAUUCUUUAUACGUGCCAGCACAGUCAAAGGGUUUGGACCAGCGACAGCAAUCAAUGUAACAACCAACAUCUCAGCUCCCACUUUACCGGACUAUGAAGGAGUUGACGCAUCUCUCAAUGAAACUGCCACUACCAUAACUGUACUGUUGAGACCAGCUCAAGCCAAAGGUGCUCCUAUCAGUGCUUACCAGAUUGUUGUUGAGGAGCUGCAUCCACACCGAACAAAGCGAGAAACAGGCACGAUGGAGUGCUACCAAGUCCCAGUCACGUACCAAAAUGCUCUAAGCGGAGGCUCACCAUAUUACUUUGCUGCUGAAUUGCCCCCUGGUAACCUUCCUGAACCAGCCCCUUUCACUGUUGGUGACAAUAGAACGUACCAAGGCUUUUGGAACCCACCCCUGGCUCCUCGGAAAGGCUACAAUAUCUAUUUCCAAGCCAUGAGCAGUGUUGAGAAGGAAACUAAAACUCAGUGUGUUCGAAUAGCUACGAAAGCAGCAGCAACAGAAGAACCAGAGGUGAUUCCAGACCCAGCCAAGCAGACAGAUCGAGUGGUGAAAAUAGCAGGAAUAAGUGCUGGAAUUCUGGUAUUCAUCCUCCUCCUCCUAGUUGUCAUAUUAAUUGUCAAAAAAAGGAGGAGCUACUAUUCUUACUCCUACUAUCUCAAACUUGCUAAGAAACGCAAGGAUGCCAUGGGGAACACCAGACAAGAAAUGACACAUAUGGUGAACGCGAUGGAUAGGAGUUAUGCUGAUCAGAGCACCCUUCAUGCAGAGGAUCCCCUCUCAGUCACAUUUAUGGACUCUCAUAACUUCAGCCCCAGAUUGCCCAAUGAUCCACUUGUGCCGACUGCUGUGUUAGUGCCUAUUACCGAUGAGAAUCACAGUGCAACAGCUGAGUCCAGUCGCCUGCUGGAUGUCCCUCGCUACCUUUGUGAAGGAACAGAGUCCCCUUACCAGACUGGACAGCUGCAUCCGGCCAUCAGAGUAGCUGAUUUGCUACAACAUAUUAACCUCAUGAAGACAUCUGAUAGCUAUGGUUUUAAAGAGGAAUAUGAGAGUUUCUUUGAGGGACAGUCAGCAUCUUGGGAUGUCGCUAAAAAGGAUCAAAACAGAACAAAGAACCGAUAUGGAAACAUUAUAGCAUAUGACCACUCCAGAGUGAUUUUGCAACCUGUUGAGGAUGAUCCUUCUUCAGAUUACAUUAAUGCCAACUAUAUAGAUAUUUGGCUGUACAGGGAUGGCUAUCAAAGACCAAGUCACUACAUUGCAACCCAAGGUCCAGUCCAUGAAACAGUGUACGAUUUCUGGAGAAUGAUAUGGCAGGAACAGUCAGCUUGUGUUGUGAUGGUUACAAAUUUAGUUGAAGUUGGACGGGUCAAGUGCUAUAAGUACUGGCCUGAUGACACCGAAGUUUAUGGGGACUUCAAAGUGACUUGUGUGGAAAUGGAGCCACUUGCGGAGUACGUAGUCAGGACAUUCACCCUUGAAAGGAGAGGUUACAAUGAAAUCCGUGAACUUAAACAGUUCCAUUUCACAGGCUGGCCAGAUCAUGGAGUUCCUUACAAUGCCACAGGCCUCCUUUCAUUUAUACGUCGAGUCAAAUUGUCUAACCCUCCUAGUGCUGGGCCUGUUGUUGUACAUUGCAGGUGUGUAGAAAAGAGUGCUGGUGCUGGACGAACUGGCUGUUACAUUGUGAUUGACAUCAUGCUAGACAUGGCAGAAAGGGAAGGUGUUGUGGACAUCUACAAUUGUGUCAAAGCCUUACGGUCACGUCGCAUCAACAUGGUACAAACAGAGGAGCAGUACAUCUUUAUUCAUGACGCAAUUCUGGAAGCUUGCUUAUGUGGAGAAACUGCCAUCCCUGUCUGUGAAUUCAAAGCUGCAUAUUUUGAUAUGAUUAGAAUAGACUCUCAGACAAACUCUUCACAUCUCAAAGAUGAAUUUCAGACCCUGAAUUCUGUGACCCCUCGGCUGCAAGCUGAAGAUUGCAGCAUAGCCUGCUUGCCAAGGAAUCAUGACAAGAAUCGCUUCAUGGAUAUGCUGCCACCUGACAGAUGUCUGCCUUUCUUAAUUACUAUUGAUGGGGAGAGCAGCAACUAUAUCAAUGCUGCUCUUAUGGAUAGCUACAGGCAACCAGCUGCUUUCAUUGUCACACAACAUCCUUUGCCAAACACUGUGAAAGAUUUCUGGAGAUUAGUGUAUGACUAUGGCUGUACCUCUGUUGUAAUGUUAAAUGAAGUUGAUUUAGCACAGGGCUGUCCACAGUAUUGGCCUGAAGAAGGAAUGCUGAGAUAUGGUCCUAUUCAAGUGGAAUGCAUGUCUUGUUCAAUGGAUUGUGAUGUAAUAAACAGAAUUUUCAGGAUAUGCAAUCUAACAAGACCGCAGGAAGGCUAUCUGAUGGUGCAGCAAUUCCAGUAUUUGGGAUGGGCCUCUCACAGAGACAUUCCAGGCUCCAAGAGAUCAUUUUUGAAGUUAAUUCUUCAGGUUGAAAAAUGGCAAGAGGAAUGUGAAGAAGGGGAAGGCCGAACUAUCAUUCACUGUCUGAAUGGUGGUGGUCGGAGUGGAAUGUUCUGUGCUAUAGGCAUAGUUGUGGAAAUGGUCAAAAGACAAAAUGUUGUUGAUGUUUUCCACGCAGUAAAGACGUUACGGAAUAGUAAGCCAAACAUGGUAGAAACCCCGGAGCAAUAUCGUUUCUGCUAUGAUGUCGCUUUGGAGUACCUUGAAUCAUCUUAGUUGGAAUGGAUGUGACAAAGCGCACCAAGUAUAUGAAGCUCAGUAAACUGUUUUGACAACAGUUGUUCAACCUGUGAAGAGAGAUUUUAGUGAGGGGGACUUUUAAAAUUUAAAUGCAAAAGUAUUUUUCUUAUGAAGUUGUGGAUCUAAAUAAAAGAACUCAAUCUGUUUCUAUGCCUGUAUACAGUAUCAGCAUUUAGUGUCUCAAAAAUAAAUUUAAUGAAAUCCAGAGUCAGAAGAGAUUUGCUCAAAUUAGGACUUUUCAGUGUUUGUAUAUACAGCCAUCUUUCAAUUACAGUAGAGCCACCAUCUGUUGCAUGUACCAAUAUUUCCUAAAUGGUAUUAUUUUUCCUUUUGACAAAUCGUUGAAGUAAAACAAAACUGUGCUGAUUGAUCAUAAAAUUCAUUCUUUAUACAUUUCAAGUGUUGCAACUCUAUAUAACUGGCUUAUUUUGUUUUAAUGUGCAAUGAUGGCUGGAUCACAUAAAGUUCUUUAUAGAGAAACUUCAACAUAAGCCAAAGACUCAAGUGUAAAUAUGUCGAUAUGGAGAAAGCACAUUGUAUUUAUUAUUUACUUGCAUUCCUUUUUUGAUGGCUGAAAAAACAAUCAUUUUUCUUGAAGAAAGCUUUUUUUGCUGAAAUCAAGUGUAAACGAUUUUUGUAGUUUAUUUUUUGUAUGUUUUAGUGUAAGUAGAAGACACUUUUUAUGCAUAGAUGAAGAAACAUUGGUAUAGUGAUUUUGUUGUGUACAUGCUUGUGAAUUAAAUCCAUGUAAACAACUCAGUUAUAGAAGGUCUUUAACUACAGGACCAAAAUCAAAUCAUUUUGUUGACGAUGUAUAGUUUUUCACAGUUGCAUUAGUUAAAUAUUGAUCAAAGGAAUAUAUAAGGAAACCGCACACAUUAAAAUGGCCUUGCUUAUGACUUGCACAAUGUUGGAAGUAGUUUCUAAGCACCGUUUAGUUUUAGGGGAACAAAUUAUUCAACAAUGCUUGAAGCACAGGUCAAGAGAGGAGGACAAAAUAUAUCCUUUCAGGGUAAGAAACGUUUGUUUAGCAAAUUGUAAAAUUAAGUGAUGUUUAUUUUGAUGUUUACAGACAUGUAAGCUUUGGCCUCUGACAAAGCAAAAUUUGAAUAAAUCAAUGCCAGAUUCUGGUUAUGGUCUUGGUGUACAAAACAGCCAUGAGUUUUUACUUAGUUCUUCAUCCACAGUUAAUAAGUCUUGACAUUUUGCUAGCUAAUAUCGUUCCAGUCUCCAGUUGUUUUUGGAAUUGACAGAAAAUGGCAAGGUGCUUAUAAAUACUAAUGUAAAGUAAGAGUGAAUUAAACAACUUUUAUAAAAAUA